AUGCACCCACCAGGUGUGGCCCCUCAUCCAGUUUCCGGAUCUAAUCCUGCCCCUGGUACCUUACCACCAAAUGCAACUGUGCCAUCCAAUGCAGCAGCCCCGAGCACUGAACAUUCCAUGGAAGUGCCCAUGCCAACGACCAGGCCGGUGGCCCAAACAGCCAGGUCCAAUACUUUCGCAGUUCAUGCCACGGUGCCACCCUCUGUGCAUCCAGCUGGUUCAUCUGUAGCACCUGUUUCUUCUGCCAGCAUCAAGGCAUUAGCCCCUUCCUCGACCACAGCAUUGACCAGAGACUCAGCACCUGUCCAAUCAUUGCCUUUGGGCUUGUCUGCUAAGUCUGCCCUACCUGUAGCUUCUACUCAGACGAGUGCCUCUACUCAACCCGCUCUCACGACACACGAUCGUCAGGACGCCAAGCUGGGAAAGGCUCCAUCUGCUGAAGUCUCGCAAACUGGUCCUGCCCCUGUGGUCGACAACAGCGACGAGGAAUCUUCUGCUCCUACUCCUCAUCCGCUGCAGUGUGUCCAGUCGCCGGUUGAAGGAAAUGGAGCUGGGGACAUCACCCAGGCGAUCAAUGCAAGUCUGUCAGCUGAUUUGAGUUCCAAGACCAAGCCUCCCAUCCUCCCUUGUUCAAGCUGUGCAGCAGCAUCGACUGCAUGUGUGCAUGCUCCCCGUGGAGGGAAGAACCGUUGCAAGCGAUGUCAGGAGUUCAACCACCGGUGCAGCCAUUCCGACUGCAUGUGUUGCAUUGCUCACAGCAUUCCUUGCGUCACAUCUGCUGCAGCUGGGAAGACUGCUUGCGAGGCUUGCAGCCAAGGCAAGGAUAAAUGCAGUCUUGUCCCAGAAACCAAGCCAAGGCGGCCAAAGGCCAUAGUAGAAGAGAUGGACGCAACAGUGGAUGAAGACAAGGACAAGACACCAGCAAAAUCCAAAAAGAAGACCAAGGAGAAGACUCGCGUUCAGAAGACAGGUCCCAUAAAAGCACGGAAGGUUACAUCCUCCACGCCUGCGCCUUCUGAGCUGUCCACACCUCUUGCGCAGUCUGUGUCUCUUGCGCAGUCCACACCUCUUGUGCCGUCUGCGCCUCUUGUGCCGUCUGCACCUCUUGUGCCGUCUGUGCCUCUUGCACCGUCCACAACCUCUCACCUGUAG